GAAUAGGAAACAACAAAACAUCGUACAAAUAUUCUCUACAUUGCACAAUAUAUAUAGUACAAAACUUGGUCUCUACUUGUAGACUAAGGCCUCUCUAGCUCUACUCCACCUGCAGCACCGUCUUGUCCUCAGCCAUGGCCACUGCCACCACCGCAGCCGCCACCACUUCACAUUUUUUUGGAACUCGUAUCAACAACCUCAACCUAGGCUCUGGUAGAAUCCAAGCUAGGUUUGGGUUUAACCUUGGCACCAAGAAAGCACGACCACCACCCAAAAAGGCAGCCCCAAAACGACCAUCUGACCGCCUCGUUUGGUUCCCCGGUGCAACCCCACCGGAAUGGCUGGACGGGUCGAUGAUUGGUGACCGUGGGUUCGACCCUUUUGGCUUUGGUAAACCGGCAGAGUACUUGCAGUAUGACUUGGACUCGUUGGACCAGAACUUGGCCAAGAAUGUGGCUGGUGAGGUUAUAGGGGUGAUUAACGAGACGACGGAGCUGAAGCCUACCCCGUUUCAGCCGUACUCGGAGGUGUUUGGGUUGCAAAGGUUUAGAGAGUGUGAGCUGAUCCAUGGUCGAUGGGCGAUGUUGGGUAGUCUUGGUGCCCUUGCUGUUGAAGCACUCACCGGAGUUGCAUGGCAAGACGCAGGAAAGGUUGAGUUAGUGGAAGGAUCAUCUUACCUGGGCCAACCACUGCCUUUCUCCCUGACUGCACUAAUCUGGAUAGAGGUCCUGGUGAUUGGUUACAUAGAGUUCCAGAGAAAUGCUGAGCUUGACCCUGAGAAAAGGCUUUACCCUGGUGGGUACUUUGAUCCCCUUGGCUUGGCCUCAGACCCUGGGAAAAUUGACAACCUGAAACUGGCAGAGAUCAAGCAUUCCAGGCUUGCCAUGGUAGCAUUCCUCAUCUUUGGAAUCCAGGCUGCGGUAACUGGAAAGGGUCCUAUCAGCUUCAUUGCUAGCUUUAACAAUUGAUGCUACUUAAUUAUAUUAGGAUAACAGUUUGAAUCAUUUAGCCUUAUGUUCUUGCACAAAAAAAAAACAAACCAAGUAUUGCAUUGCUGGAGAAAUCUUAUUUGUAUGGAAUUUCUCUAGGUGGACUGACCAUGCUGAUUAUAUAUUUGUAUAUACCAUCAAAUCAGUUCAGCUCAA